CUUCCUGCGGCCAUUUUGUGAGCGGCGCCAUUACUAACAUCUGAGGAGGGUAGAGAAAAAACCUGAAGAAAAACAACAAACAAACAAACAAACAAACAAACAAGCCCCUGUUAGAGCUGUCACCGAGUGGUGUGUGUGUAUGUAUGUGUGAGCGAGCGCUCUCCUUCCUUCGGGUCGCCUCUCCUUUAAAGAAGAAAAACAAACCCCGAAGUGAUCAGUUCAAAGGCACCGUAAUAUCCGUCGGUAGAUAUGUCUGAAGAGCAGCAAGCCGGAGAGGAGCCGGUGUUAAAGGAGGACAAGGCGGUGAAGAAGGAAGAUGAGGAGGUGAGCAGCGAGGACGUGCAGACGGCGACCGGUGAAAGCAUAGCGGGGGAAUCUGAGGGAGCCAAAAUCGAUGCGAGUAGGAACGAGGAAGAUGAAGGGAACGAUCCUGAUGCCUGCAGUGAAACGUCAAGAAAAAUAUUUGUUGGAGGGCUGAGCUGGGAUACCACAAAGAAGGAUCUGAAAGAUUAUUUUUGCAAGUUUGGAGAGGUUGUAGACUGCACAUUAAAACUGGAUCCCAUCACUGGACGGUCCAGAGGAUUCGGCUUUGUAUUAUUUAAAGAGGCUGACAGUGUGGAUAAGGUUAUGGUGCAAAAAGAACACAAGUUGAAUGGAAAAGUAAUUGACCCCAAAAAGGCCAAGGCUAUGAAAACGAAAGAGCCAGUGAAGAAGGUCUUUGUUGGAGGCCUUUCCCCCGAUACCCCCGAAGAGAAAAUUAGGGAAUAUUUUGGUGGUUAUGGAGAGGUGGAGUCAAUAGAACUGCCAAUGGAAAACAAGACAAAUAAAAGGCGAGGUUUCUGCUUUAUUACAUUCAAAGAGGAAGAACCUGUAAAGAAGAUAAUGGAAAAGAAGUACCACAAUGUUGGGCUCAGUAAAUGUGAAAUCAAAGUUGCCAUGUCCAAGGAGCAGUACCAACAGCAGCAACAGCAUUGGGGAGGCAGGGGCAGCUUUGCCAUGAGGACUCGAGGAAGAGGAGGUCCUAACCAAAGUUGGAACCAGGGAUAUGGCAACUACUGGAAUCAAGGUUAUGGCAAUUAUAACUACGGCUACAACAACCAAGGCUAUGGAGGAUAUGGAGGCUAUGAUUACUCUGGUUAUAACAACUACUACGGAUAUGGUGACUACAGCAAUCAGCAGAGUGGUUAUGGCAAAACCCCAAGGCGAGGUGGUCACCAAAACAGUUACAAGCCAUACUAAAAUAUAAUCCCUACUUUUAACAAGCAGCGGGAACUUCAUUGCAGGCCGUGUGUCGCGCUGACUUCACGAUUCUCAAAGGCCCGCUCAGUGCGGACAGGGUACGAGAUGCUCACGCUCUCGAAUGCUGCCGUUUGGUAUGGUCUCUUCCAACAUCCUGUAUCAGCAUUAGAAAAUACAAUGGAUACUUCAAGCUUUGCCUUCACUUAUUUGCUUUUUUUUAUAUAGACAUAUACAUUAUAAUGUAAUUUUAAUGUAAUUUUUUACAGGCCCCAAGUAAUGCUUAAAUACGACAACUUACUGAAAAAAAUAACUAUUUAUUCUUCUAAGGAUACAGCUUUCUCUGGAUUUUCCAGUGUCUUAAUAUAUUUUAUUCCUAAUCUAUUUGUAAUGCUUGCUUUUCCCCGUUUAUAGCUCUUGUAGCAGUAAUUGCCAGUAGUCCAUGAGCUAAAACCUGUUCUGUGCAUGGAUUUCACUAUUCUGAGAGAUCCAUAUAAUGUUGUAUACUGUGUAUACUGUUAUGUUUUCUGAGACAAUAAAGUGGAAUAAGUAUGUUCUUCUGAAUAUCAUAUUUUUUUCUAAGUAGUUCAUUCAUAUUUUAAAACUGAGAGAACAAAAACUUGUCUUAAAUACCUUUUGUAUGUAUGUAAGUAUAAUCUAUAUGUAAUAUGUUCUGUUUUAGGAGAGCCUAAAGGUCUUGCCCUUUUAAUCAGCUAGUAGGAUUCCCGGCACUUCUGCCGUUUGCUGCACUUCAGGAUUUCUAGCUUAUGGACUAAUUUCUUUAAGCUUUAAUUGAAGAAUUUUAUAUAUAUAAUGUGUGUGUGUAUGUAUGUGUUUAAAUGUUAAUGGGUUGGGGGUUCCUAAUUGUGUACUUAUUCAAAAUGUGAUAUUUAGGAAUUCAUACAGAUUUCCAUUGACAAAUAUUAUUUUGUUUU